AUGCUUGCCGCGGCCCUGAAGAUGAUCCCUCGCACUAUGCGCGCUGCGCCUGCUAUUGCGCGUGCUGCUCCGACAGCGCGCAUGCAGUUUGCACGCACUCCAAUGGCGGCUCCCACACUCGCGCGCACGUACGCGAGUGGGGGCGGCCUCACAAACGACGAAAUUCGCACGCGUAUUGAAGAAGUGCUCAAGAGCUUUGAAAAGGUCGACCCUGCCAAGGUGACGCCCACUGCCUCUUUCACGGCCGAUCUUGGACUCGACUCGCUUGAUGCCGUCGAGGUCGUGAUGGCGAUUGAGGAGGAGUUCAACAUUGUACGUCGUGCACCUUUGCUUACACCACAGGAAAUUCCCGACGUCGACGCAGACAACAUUACCAAUGUGCAGCAGGCGAUUGACUACAUCUCACACACCUCUGACGGUGCGUUCCCCGAAAUACUGACGGAAGCGAUUUAA